GGAGUUGGGCAGCCAGGUUGGAUAUAAAAACCAAACACGUGGGCCUUGCUCUCGCUCUGGCUCGCGAUCGCUCGCCUCCUGGCUUCACCACUCCUGGCUGGCGGCCAGCUCUCAGAGCGCCAUUUUGGGAUUCCUGAUCGGCGGAUCGGGAUGGGAAAGCAGAUGUAAAGUCUCUCAUGGCGAAGUUUAACACAGGGGGCAACUUGACAGAUGAGGCCUCCUUCAGCAACCGGCCCUUCAAAGUCACAGGGCAAAACUCACCUUCAGGAGUACAAGCUAAAAAGAAUUUAUUCAACAACCAAGGAAAUGCCAGCCCUCCCACAGGACCUAGCAAUGUACCUAGAUUUGGGUCCCCAAAACCACCGUUGGGGGUGAAGCCUUCUUCUGACGAAAAACCUGACAAGGAGCCCAAACCACCAUUUCCAAAGCCAGCUGGAGUGGGCCAACGAUUUGGGGCUCCAGCAAACUCAGCCACCAGAGACCCUGAGGUGAAAGCAGGAUUUCUGAAACCUACAGGCCCCAAGCCCAUCAACUUGCCCAAAGAAGAUUCCAAACCUGUAUUUCCUCGGCCUCUUGGGAAUAAGCCUCCGCUGCAAGGGAUAAACCAAGACCAUGAUGUAAGGCCUCUAGGCCAGAAGCCCAGGUCUAAUCCUCCAAGCCAGGAAAAUGAACAGAAUCAAGUGUUUCCAAAGUUGGCUGGGGUUAAAGGCAAGUUUACUGCAGCCACACAAGAACAUGAGGCCAAGACCCCAAAACCUGCCUUUGGUCAGAAGCCAUCCCAGGGUAUAGAUGAUUCCCAUGUGGAGGAGAGCCCCACUAAGAAUGCACAGAAAGGACCCCCAGGUUCCUUGGGACCCAAGUUCAAAACUGGCCCUUUAAAACCAGCAAGAGAAGACUCAGAAAAUAAAGACCAUGGAGGUGAGACCUCAGGUUCUCCUUUUCCUGGAGUAGUUCUGAAAUCAACUACAAACAGAGGAGGCCCAGGCCUCCCCAAAAAUGUCGAAGAAAAGAAAGAAGACAGGAAGAUAGAUGCUGCUAAGAACAUCUUCCUGAGCAAAGUGAAUCAGGAAGAGUUGCCUCCUGGGCCGCCUCCUGCCAAGUUCACUAAGACCCCUUCUAAGCUGACAAUAGGAGGGCCCUGGGGCCACAGCCAAGAAAAGGAAAAGGGAGACAAGAGCCCGGCCACCCCUAAGCAGAAGCCAUUGCCCCCCCUGUUCACCUUGGGCCCGCCACCACCGAAACCCAACAGACCACCAAAUGUUGACCUUUCGAGAUUCCGAAAAGCUGCAGCUGGAAAUGGUAUCAGCAAGGGCCCAACAUCAUAUGCAACAUCUUCCCUACCACCACCACCACCACCCCAUCCAGCCAGCCAGCCGCCAUUGCCAACAUCUCAUCCAGCACAAUCACCACAAGUCCCAAGUCUACCUCCCAGAAAUAUUAAGCCUCCCUUAGAUCUGAAAAUCCCUGUAAACGAAGACCAUCAGGAUGGUUUCAUGCCCUCUGACGGUACUGGAAAUCUAGAAGAGGAACAAGAUAGUGAAGGAGAAACAUAUGAAGACAUAGAAACAUCCAAAGAACGAGAGAAGAAAAGGGAAAAGGAGGAAAAGAAGCGAUUAGAGCAGGAGAAAAAGGAGCAAAAAGAAAGAGAAAAGAAAGAACAAGAGAUAAAGAAGAAGUUUAAGCUGACAGGCCCUAUUCAAGUCCUCCAUCAAGCAAAAGCUUGCUGUGAUGUCAAAGGAGGAAAGAAUGAACUGAGCGUCAAGCAAGGAGACCAAAUUGAAAUAAUCCGCAUCACAGACAACCCUGAAGGAAAAUGGUUGGGCAGAACAGCGAGGGGGUCAUAUGGCUAUAUUAAAACAACUGCUGUAGAGAUUGAUUAUGAUUCUUUGAAAAGGAAGAAAAACUCCUUCAGUGCCUUUUCAUCAAGACCUCUUCAAGAUGACCAAGAAGUAUAUGAUGAUGUUGCUGAGCAGGAUGUUAACAGCCACAGUGGAAGUGGAGGAAUCUUCCCACCUCCCCCAGAAGAUGAUAUUUAUGAUGGGAUUGAAGAGGGAGAAGAUGAUGAUGGCUCCAUGCUACCGGUUGAAGAGAGAAGUAACUCCUGGUCCUGGGGGAUUUUGAAGAAGUUAAAGGGAAAAGAUGACAAAAAGAAAAGUAUACGAGUGAAAACUAAAGACUCUGAGUCUGACAAUAAUGAAGGUCCAUCUUUCCCUUCUCCUCCUAAACAAUUGGAAGAGGGAGAAGAAGUUUACGAUGAUGUGGAUGCCUCUGAUUUCCCUCCUCCACCCUUCGAGAUGAGUCAAGGAAUGAAGGUCAAGACAGAAGAAAAAGACCCUAAGAAACUAAAAAAGCAGGAAAAAGAAGAAAAAGACUUCAGGAAAAAAUUUAAAUAUGAUGGUGAAAUUAGAGUCCUCUAUUCAACCAGAGUUGCACCCUCCUUAGCUUCUAAAAAGUGUGGAACCAGAGAUCUCCAGAUAAAACCUGGUGAAUCUCUUCAAGUUAUACAAAACACAGAUGACACAAAAGUCCUCUGCAGAAACGAAGAAGGAAAAUAUGGUUAUGUCCUUCGAAGUCACUUGGUGGACAAUGAUGGAGAGAUCUAUGAUGAUAUUGCUGAUGGUUGCAUCUAUGACAAUGACUAACUCUCCACUUUGGUCAUUUUAUUAUGUUCAUUUAAUUCCAAUAUGAAAUGCAGGUUUCAGUUGACAUGCUGUUGAGUAUCAUAGAAUAUGGAUGUACAAACUAUUCCUUACCUAUAUUAUAAAUGUUGAUUAUAAAGUUUUGAAGUUUUGGUUUUAGAAAAUUAUCUGCUUAUUCAAUAUCUCAGACAGAACCCAUGAGAUAUAAGAAUUAUUAAAAUCCCAUUUCUGCCUCAACCUCAAUUAUAGAAGAGCUUCUUUCAGACCAUCGAAGCACAGUUCCUCCUAAAAAAAAAUUAAGAAAAAAUGACUAUGUUGUCUAAAGAAAUGUAAGGAAUAAAAAUAAAGUAUAAGAAAGGAAACUUUUGUUUGCC